AUGGACAUCCGAGGCACGAACGAGUGGGGGCUUCUCGGCGUCUUGGCCGUUGGCGCCUUUGCGUACUACCUCUCUACCUUGAAACCGUCAUCAGACCCAGAGAAGCGUCGAAAGGAAGUCCUACGCCAGCUCCAUGAUGGUGCCGCCCCGCUCAUGCUGCUGAAAGGGGGGUUCAGCCCGGCAGAGCUUCUCAAUGCCGGUGUGCCGCGGGAGGCUCUGCGCUCCGUCUACCCGGUGUCCUCGUCCAUGUUGCCGUCGCAAAACCCGCGAGGGAAGGCGCGCAGCUGCUCACCCAGCACGCUAAGUUUUUCGUAUGCGUACGAACCUCUGAUGGUGGCGACGGACACGAUGCAGGUCGCCUCGGGGGCGCUCAAUGACGGUCUGCGCAGCCGCAGCAUGAGCACCAGCGUCAGCGACGCCCUUGAGGCCACGCAUGGCCACACUGCUCGCUCAACAACCGUGCUGUCGACCCGCUCAUUCUGGCAGAACACGGAAAACCUCCCAAGUAACUCUCGGCACUCCUCCGCUCGACUCGCGGCACAUAUGCAACUGUCACCGGCGCAACAUGAGUUUUACGACUGCAACUCGAUGGAGCGAAGCAAUGCAACUCGCACCCCUGUCGGUGCGAUCCGGGUGCAAGUGGCGGCCCUCUCCGCGGCAAUCACAUGCGGCUACGCGAGCGAAACCGCCGUCUACCACCACCCGCUCGAGGUGCUCCGCUUCGUGCAUGAGGAUGGCUCCCGGCUGAGUAUCAUGGCAGAGGACUGCAGUGUUCUUGAAAGCGAUGAGGUGCUGACAACCGAAGUGUAUGUCAAGCUUUCGCUGGCACGGGCUCGUGCCGCGGCUGAUGACGCUAAGACCUACUUCAAAGUGAAGCUCUCCACCGCUGCCCGAAAGAUCGCAACGACGGCGAUGAAAUCGUACGUGAACAUCUAUGUGGGGCCCUCGCCGGUGAUUCUCGCCGGCUUCUACCUUGUCAAGGACAGCACAGCCUACACAAUUCAACUGCAGACCAACGCGGACGUCUACGAAGAGCGGCUGGCGGAUCUGCUCUACACAGCGCAGAGCGCGCGACUGCAGGGCGCGGAGGAGACGGUGGGCAGCUGGUGCCGUGGUGGACGGGGACGGAACGAGUACCGCGUUCAAGCGGAAGGCGUUGACAGCGUUUAUGUCGUGGAGACUCCCGUCGAUGUUGUGGUGCGGACGCCGACGGCUCCCCACGCCGCGCGGAGUGAGCUCAUUUUGACGCCGUGCCGCAGCGGCGGUGACACUGGGGCACCGUGGAAAGCUACCGUAGUCGUUUGUCCGAACGCGGCGCGCGAGCAGGCGCAAAGCGGAGAGAGGCAGCAUAAUGUAAUCUCACUACUACACGACGCGCACGUGUCGAUUGAGCUCACAGUGCACAUGGCUGGCAGUGCAGCGACGGGCACGACAUCAUCGCCGCCGCCGCUGCCGCCUCCACUCGCGACCGUUAUGGCACGCGUGGCUACCACCGCAGACAGACAGCGUUCCGGCAGUGUGUACCGAUCCGCUGACUUGACAAUGCCACUCCCACCACCUGGGCACUUCCGCACGGUCGUAUGCGAGCACCCGUAUGAGUCCUCCAUGACGCUCUUCAUCACCUCCUUGACCUCUGCGGAGCUGUUCGAGAUGGAGCUACGCCGUCUGAGCCACAUGAACGAUGAGUCGCUCGAGCAGCUGUUUUCCUACGUGGAGACGCUUCUCCUCACCCCUGCCCGUCCGCGGCGCUCGAUGAACGCUGCAGGCCAAGCCUGCUUCUCUGUCGAGGGAAUCGCCGUGUCGCCGGCGAAGACGAGGCUGCAGGUGUACGGGGUACAGCUGAGAGAGGAACGCUGGCUCAUUUUUCGAUGGCUGCGCGCCGCCAGUGCUGCGGAGCCGCCAGAGCUGGAACAGUACCGUAGCGAGCUCGUCAAAAGCACUGUAUGUCGAAGUGACUGA